ACAUAAAUAAGUAUGCAAUCCUAUUUUUCCUUCUUUCAGCUCUAGCCUCUAUCUCUAAGCCCUUGCCCAGUGCUCUUUCAGCGGCACCUAAAACCCUUUCGGCGGCUGCGAAAACACCCUCCACGCCCCCAAACCCAAACAAUGAGGAAGAAGAAACAAGGGUUCAGAAGACCCGUUAUCAUAAAAAAACCGAAGCAACCGCAAGAGCAACCCAGCGUCGAUCCUAUUACGGGAAAGAAAAUCCCCAAAAGUUUCGUCUUUUCACGAGGCAAGUUGCCGGCUCCUCUCAAACAGCUUCAGAUGGACCUCAGAAAGUUGAUGCUUCCGUACACUGCUCUCAGCCUCAGGGAAAAGAAACGGAAUAAUCUGCGAGACUUUCUGAAUGUUGCUGGACCUAUGGGUGUCACACAUUUCUUCAUAUUGUCAAAAACCGCUACUUCACCUUACUUGAGGGUUGCAACAACCCCUCAAGGGCCUACUCUUACGUUUAAGAUACAUGAAUACUCAUUGGCCGCUGACAUUGCUCGAUCUCAAUUGCAUCCUCGAUGCCCUAAGGAUCUGUUUAAAAGUUCUGCUCUGAUUGUGCUUUCUGGAUUUGUGAGUGGAGAUCCACCACUGCAGCUUACAACUAACAUGUUUCAGAAUAUUUUUCCAACAAUUGAUGUCAAAACUGUUAAGCUCUCCACAUGCCAAAGAAUUGUGUUGCUUAAUUACAACAAAGACACUAAGCUCAUUGAUUUUCGCCAUUAUUCCAUAAGACUACAACCUGUAGGUGUUUCACGCAGAAUAAGAAAACUUGUGCAGAGCCAUCAGGUUCCUGAUCUAAGGAAUCUUCUAGAUGUUAGUAAUUUUGUCACAAAGGCUGGCUAUGGAUCAGAAAGUGAAGCUGAUGAAGAAGCAGCAACAGUUACUUUGUCCAGUGACAUUGGUAGAGUUAAUCGUGCUUCUACAAAAAGUGCUGUCAAACUGCAUGAGGUUGGACCCAGAAUGACUCUUCAACUAGUUAGAAUUGAGAAGGGACUGUGUUCGGGUGAAGUUCUCUUCAGUGAAUAUGGAAAAGCUGGUGGCAAAGGAAAAAGUGAUGAUGAGAUGCAGGGUGAAGAAGAUGAAGAAGAUCAAGAUGGAGAGCAUCCAGAGGAUAGUGAAGACUAAGAUCAAGAACUUGAUUAGUCAGUGUUUUCACGUAGUGUAGUAUUCAAGUUUUGUAGUAUCCAUAACACUGCAGAACUGUUAGGUGCCACUGGAAAUUUUUCAUAUCAAGCAUUCCAGUGUUGGGGUAUGCAAGUCAUUUGUUUUUGUUAAAAUACAUAGAUCUAGAGCAAUCAAAUGUUGUUCAUUUUGAUUACCCAUUUUCUACUUUACUUUUAAAUCAAAAUAUAUAUAAAUAUCUUAUUUAUUUAA